GGAAAGAAAGAUUUGAGCGGAGAGAAAGGGAGCAAGAAAUUGAGGGUUCUCUGCAAAAUGGACGCCAACCUCACGAUGCAUCUCUGGAAUGGUCACAACACGUUGGGCUCGUUGGCUUCUACAGCGAAGACUUUGAGCUUCGAGGUCAAGACGUUGCCCUCCGAUGUGGAGAAGGAGACGAAGCGCGCGAAUGCUGCAGAGCUCGUUGAGAGUGAGCAUGCAAAACCGUCUCUGCCAACUUACGGCUCCGUAGAUGAGCUGGAAGGAAACCUGAAAGCUGCGACGUCAUCAAUUGAUUCCAGCACCUUAUCUCAUUCUCAGCGUGCCAUGGUUGACUCUGGAUCCGGCGUGUCGCAGAAUGUUUCCCAAGAUGAUGUGAUGAAGACGAUCAACUCGAUGAGGGAAGAGCUCAGGCAAGCAUUGAAGGAAUUGACCGCCGGGUUGAAGGAAGUGAAGUACGAGUUAAAGCAAAUGAGGGGCGAGUCGAAAGACAUAAACGGUGCGGUGAAGGAUGUGCAGGCCCAGGUUAAAGACUUGCAGGAAGCUGCUCUGGCUUGAUGAGUCCGGUU